GUAAAGAAGAAGAAAGUGAAGAAUAUGAAAAAAGAGAUAUUGAACUAUACGAAAAUUUUAUUCAUAGCUCUAAUCAUAGCAUUGAAAGCAGCAAUAAUAUUAAUAUGGAUUUUAAUCCAGAAAAUCUUGUUGACUCGGUUUUGAAUACUGAACUAGAUGAUUAG